AUGAACGGGCCGCGGCAACGGUGCUCGGGAGCGGCAGCGGCGGGAGCCGUGCGGGACGCGGCUGACCCGCCAUGGCGGGGCCGGGCUCCUGAGGGAGCGCCUGGUGCGGAACCUCUUCCUGCCGGCGCCCUCUUCAGCGUGGUGGCGCUCUCCGGCGAGGCGAGCUUUCCUGUCUGUGCGUGGAACCCUGAUUCCCUUUGUAGGCUCUCAGUAUCCUCAGCAAAAAGGAGUUUUGUUGAUUCAUCAAAAUCAGAGGCUUCCAGUUUCAUGAGGGGGGCUCGUGUGUUGGCAAGGAGAGAAGCUGACGGCUAUUACUACCUGGGCCACAUUGCCCAGGAGGUGAAGGGCUCCAGGGAGCGCUUUUUAAUUGAGUUUGACAAGAGCGGCGCUCCGAAAGGCAAGGCACAGCUUCGAACACAGGAAACCCCUCUCUACGAUAUUCUGCACUACGAAGACGCCAGGCGACAGCCUCUUGCUCCAGGAGACAGGGUCUUGGCGCCAUGGGAGGCUGGAGCUGAACGUUUUGGCCCAGGCACUGUGCUAAAGGUUCUGGAGAACAAGGAAGCACGUUUAGCACACAACAGAAGGGGAGUGCUUGUGAAUUUCUGGAAUGGGCAGACUAAGGAGGUGUCUUCUGACCAAGCUCUGUGGAUUCCUCUGCCCUUAAGUGAACGCAUCACCCUAGAACUGCAGAUGCCUUUAGCAGCCAGGCAGAUGGUGGUAGAUUCAAGCUUGGAUUAUCCAUACAUCGUGGCACCGGGUUAUAGAGCCUCAGGCCAUUACAGACAGGAUCCCUCAGGCCUGCACUACUGGCCAAGGGGUCUGUGUUCAACUCAGCCAUGUGUUAAGUGCAGUUGUAGGUGUACCUCACUUCCCCACUGCGGCCUUGCGGCCUGGGAAUCUGCACAGCCUACGGGGUGCAAAGUGCAGCAAGAAGAUGCCUUCCUCCCACGAACAAGCUUCACUAAAGAAGAGCUCAGCAAUAAAAUACAAGAGCAAAUGUCCGAAUUGAGGAUUUCAUCUUCAGAAAGUGUUUUCAGAGAGGAAGAGGAAAUGGAAGAUAAGGAAUUGAAGACAGAAGAUGUUCCAAGUGAAGAUCAGCCUUGUUUGGAAGAGGACAGUGAGGUUAUAGAACCUAAGAAGAGUCCUCAGAAGGAGAUGGCUCAUUCUAUGGUUGAUACUGCUGUCAACACAGAGAGCUGGUUAAUGGAGACAGUCCACAAGGAAGAAGCAGACAGCAGACAGCAGGAUGCUGAAACUGGGGCUCAUUUUAAACACAAACAUGGUCUUUUUGAGUCCAGAGUGGCAGAAGCUCCAAUCCAGCAUUCCCAAGGGAGCCCUUCCCUGGGAACCAGUGCUUUGGUUCCUUUCAGGCGCCAAAGCUUCUUUGACCGAGUGAAUCAAUCACUAGAGAAAGACAGCCUGACCAUCAAGUCAGCUCUGCGUGCGCAGAGGCCACACAGCACCUCCAGUGUGCAGCCUGGGAGAGCCACAACUCUCAAUCUGCUAAAAGACAAAAGCGUUACAAAAUCAAUCCUUAAUGGUGCAUCUCAGGAGAGGUGGAAGGAGAUGGACUUCAACAGAGCCAAGAUUGAGCACAAAAGAUGGCAAGAGGAACAGAGGCAGCUGAAGAGGGAGCAGCAGCAAGAGGCAGAUGGCAUCCGACGCCAGCUGCGCAGGGACAGUCAGAGGCAGCGGUUGCGUCAGAGAACAUUGCAAGAGCUGGAGAAAUGGCUGGAGCAAGAAGACAGAGCUUUGCAGCACAUGGCACUUCUCCAGGCUGCUAGGGCAGAGAGGAGCAGGAAGGAAUCCUUCUUGCCAGAGGAGGAGAAGAGGAAGGCAAGUCAGAGGUUGCAGUUCUUAAAGACACAGCGUGUGCAGAGAGAGGAGCUGCAGGCAGAACGCAAUGAAAGGAGCUUUGAACAAGAGAAGGAAAGGCUGGAUUUUCUCAGGAGCAGAGUGCAGUCACGGCAGGAAGUGCUGGAACAAGAGUCACGGGAGCAGGACAGGCAACAAAAAAAGCAGCAGGCUGCCAAAGGGAGAGUGUUCCAGAGCAGAGACCAUUCACGCCAGAAGGUGGAGAAAGAAGGCCAAAAACUCUGCGACCUCCAGCAGUACCUCAGAGAACAGAAUCUUUUGAUGCUCCGGGCAUCACUGCUGUCAUAAGGAAGCUGCAGAGGGGAUGCUGACACAACAACAAAAUGUGUGUGAAAGACCAAGAUGUUAAUCUAUUCCCUCCUCUUCUCUAACCAGGCAGAUUUCUGCAACAGGCUCAAACACAAGUGGCUUACAGGCAGCCCUAACUUGCAUCAGAAGCACUCCUGACCAGGGAAGUAGCAGCCAGUGCUUCCUGUUUCCUGGGCCACUAAAAUCACUCCACUCUGGCAGCCUCGUUGCUGAGGCUGAACAUCUUCUCCCUGCGUGCAGUAUAGCUUCCACGCUACCAACUCUCCUCUCUCCUCUUAAGUAUUGUGGAAAUAAGGGAGAAAACUAUCACUUUGGCCAUGAGACUCUACUGCUGUCUCCCUUCCCCAGCCUCAGCUCCCAGCCCCAUGACAGAAGCCUCACCUGGCCCUGGACCACAGCUGUGAAAACCGCCCUGAAGUUCCGCAUGUCAGCACUCUGCAGCUCUGCCACGAUCCCUGCGUCCAGCAGCACCAGGCAGAGCCGCCUCAGGGGCGGCUGCACUUCCACCACGAGUGUGUCACACAAGUCCACGAUGGCUGCCUGCUCCUUGCAGCUGGUGCUGGCGUGGGCCGUGCCUUGAACCAGGAUGUUCCCAGGGUGCAGGUCAGCAUGGACAAAGUUGUCAACAAAGACCUAGAGGAUGGGAAAGCCUUAGAGCCGCUCAUUCCAACCAAACCUACCCACACCAAAACAGCAGGCCAACAGCAAAGGUUUGUUUCUGGUCUGUUCACCAUCAUAAAGUACAUCACCCUGGGCAGCCGCCCAGUACUGGAGACAGCUGUGCUGAAAUGGCAUGGGUGCUACACUCAGGGAGUCAGCAGAGCUGUGUGAAGCCAUCCUGUGUGUGUGCUAGAGGUCAGGUAGGACAGCCAGGAGUCCCAGCAGGGAAGAGUAGUGGUCUGUAGCAACUGACCCUGAACUGGAGGCACACUGGUGGGCCUUGGCAAAAAGCAAUGCAGUAAGAAUAGGCCAUUUGCCAUUCAGUAGCAUGGGUUAUAGCAAAGGGUUAAGUUUGUCUACUCCAUGACAACAACCCACAUUACAACUGUAUUGAAAAGUAGGGAAAACAAGGUAAGAGGAAACAAAUGUAGGUAGCAUUUCUCUGCCUCUGCUAGCAGUUAGCACCAGAAAGGACUAGCAAGAGGGCAAGCACAAGACAGCACUUCCCCACUAACCCUCCUGGCCACCUGGGCCUGCAGGACUUCUUGCCCCAAGUAGGUUAUCUUUGUAUUUCAUGGAUUUCUCCUAUGAAUUUGUCCAAUUGCCACAUAAAUAAUUAGAACUGGGGCAGGGGGAGAAAAUGGAAGAGGGGUUUUUUUAGGUGUUGUCUGAAAAAGUUACCUCUGAUAGUUUUCUGUCCUCAUUGUUCUGAGAAGCCAUACACAAUAGAUCCAUAUUCACUCUCAUGCACUCAUGACUGCAUAGAUCUUUGUCAGAAGCUACUCAUUUCUCUGCUUUCCAGAGUUAAAAGAGUCUGAAUAAUUUCACCAGUUCAGUAUGGAAGCCAUUCCACACCAGUAAAGAUCCUGGCUCCCUUCCUCUGCUCUUCUUCUAGUUUUAUUUACAGCCCUUGAAAUGGAGGGUCCUGGACAGACUAGAACUGAGUAUUCAAGAAACAGGUACUUGUUUUACUUACAGCCAUAAUGUUGUUUCUUUGCUCUUUAAUUCUUUUCUACUCCUAAAAUUGGGGGAGGUGUUGUUUUGCUCCUAACCAUUGAAUCUAAUGUUAGCCUAGACCUAUUCUAGUUCCACCACAGCUUUUACUACUCAGAAAAGCUAUUUCAGAGUCUGUUGCACUACAUGGAGCCAGAACUGCAGGCCUCACCAUUGCCCUAGCAUGAUGUUGCAGUUAGCAACUGAAUUUCAUGUGACACUUACUGCCCACACACUCAGCACUAUGAGGUUCUUUUGGAAUUCUUCCCUGCCAGAUCUUAUGGCCCUUCACAAGACACUUGUGUCACCUUCUCAACACUCCCUUCCAGAUCAUUUGGAAUUAUUUCAACCACAGAAGAACUAGACAGCCAGAAGCUGAAUCUGGCCAGGUUUGCCUUCUUCACUCCAUAUUUAGUUCUUCCUUGAAAAAAAAAAAGGCAGUUUUGGAGGAGGAGUCAAUAAAUGAAGAAACUACCUAGCCAUUUUCCCUGUGAGUUGCAUCCGUAAGUCUCUGCAGAGAGCAUAUUUGCUAAUUACACUGCACUUUCUAGUACUUGGGCGAUAUGUGAACAUCCAUUUACUAAUGGAUUUGUGGGUUUCCUAAGCAAUACACUGAUCAAGUUGCAUAGGAUGACCCUUUUUCAAACAGAUCACCUUUUUUCAGUCGAAGAAGCUCUGUGUCAAAGACCACAGUAGUGGUGUUCCUAGCCCAGGCUCUACUCAGACCUUGCACUGACAUUACACAUGAAGCACAGACCCUCCCUCUGCCAGUUCAGGAGCUGCAAAGGGCCCAAGUCCUGGGUUACUGCAAGAUCCACAGGCUGGCUCUAAAAGGCACAGCUCUGGUCUAAGACCAUGGGCAGAUGGGUAGGAGAUGUGAGAACAGAUUCUCUCUUCAGCUCUAUUGUCUCAUUACCCCAACUGGAUAGCUUUCUGCAGGAAAACAACCUUCGCUUCUAAACUCUGCCAAGUGCCUACCAUCUUUAGCAGCAUGUCCAUGCCCAUCUUUGCAAGUCUCUGCCUCAGCUCUGUGGCAAUCUCCGCGUGCAGGUAGCGCGAAAUAGGCUCACUCUCCUGAAAUAAAGACAAGAGCUGGAGUCAAACACACCCUGCAUCCCACCUUCAAGCACACAUUUACCUUGGUGCUCACACUUGGGGGAAAGCAAUAACAAUGCCCUAGAGAGGCCCUGCUCAACAGAGGCUGUACUGAAUGUGAUGGAGAACACAGGUUUGCUCUUUGGAAAGAGGGUAUGAUACAGUCUGGGGCAGAAAUACUCUUGCCAGGAUCACAUGCAGGAAAACUAAGGCUGAGAGCAGCUUUAGUCUGUGAGUCAAACAUCCACAAGGAAAGUGAGGCAAGCAUCAAAAAAUUUCAGAUUGCUGAGCUCCUUGCUUUGACCCAUCACAGAGGAGAGCUGAAGCACGGUGUUGGUUUGCAAAGCACAGGCAAACACAUGGUGGCUGGACACACCGCUGGUCUGCUUGGUUUCAGGCCAAGUGUUCACUUCUAUAUGGAGUUGUCUGCCACCUGUCUUCUGGGAUACACUGCUCACAGAGUGGAAGAGACACUGAGGAAGGCCACAAAUCUCUUAAAGCAAGGAAGAGAAAAGCAUCCUUCUGCCUCUAAUCGCCGUUUCUCAAAAUACACCUCCCUGGCACAUUCUCCCUUAAGGGCCUUCUCCCUGCUACCACCACUCCCAGACCCUGCGACUCUUACCUCAAAUGUUUCCACUAGAACAUCUGCUGUUACCAGAGGCCAAAGGGGAGUUGGAAACUUCACAAAAUCGACAUCUAGGAAAUUUUGUCGGAAGCGCUCCAGAUUUCUGGCUUCAUAGCGUAAGUCAAUCUCAAGGGAGAAAAAGAAAAAGCAGGCUGGAAAUUAGAUUCAAUUAGAAUUAGAUCUUCCAGAUCCUGUAUGAGGAUAUGACUGUAUGGUGCAAUAUUCAAUAUCAACAAAAGUAUCAGAAAACCAAAGAGAGUGGUGUUUCUUAUAUGCUUCCAGCUUUCCUGAUGGAAGAGUUGGAGUAAAAGACUGGGUAAUGGAUGGUACACAACUCAGCACCUUCAAAAUACGGGUGACUUACUUAUAUAGGCCUGAUGUCUCAGAAAAGGCCGGGACUGCAUUAUUUUCAGGGAUAAGACAUAUCAUGAAUGAGAGUUCACUGUCCAACUAGCAAGGCAAGCAGACAAGGUAGAAGAACUGCAGCCCUAACCUUGCUUUACAGAUAGGCAGCCACAGUAGGAAGAAUUUAAUGUAACACAUACAAAAUAAUCCACUGUGCAAAGUCCUGGCCCUAGCUCUUCAGUGAUCCAGUGCCUUGACACAAGGCAUCUCUCCUGCCCACCUCUGCAGCUCAAGGAGGCAGGAUAACUUUGCCUCACGUCCCUCAUCUGGCAAAGGGAAAUAUCUGAGGAACACUUCUUGGCCUUUCAAAGAGAAAGGAAAGGAAAGUACAAGUGUAUCAGAUGCUCUCCUAAUCCUCAGCCUUCAGGACAUCCACCAAAAGCUUUGCUGGACAAAACUGGUGCUAGUGACUUGAGCCACAUCUGAACACAGUCAACAGUUUACAGCACGGAUGUACUGUGUAGAUUUUUUUGCAAUAGUGGAAAAGAAUUAAGGCUUUCAAAGGCUUGUACAGACUUCAGACUCUGCAAUCUAGACACAAAAAUGAAAUCAGCAGAUAAUAGUUCAUUUUAAUAGAAACAUAAGCCUAACUGAGCCUGUAGUGAUAUCUUUGUAAGUUUGGUAGUAAUGACAUGUCAGGACUGUGUCCUUAGAAGACAUUAGUGAAUCAGGACGUUUUCAGAUCUAUUUGCAAAGCUUAACUUUACCAAUAUUAUGAGUCUGAUGCCAGCACAAUAUAGAAUGUAUUAUUAACUUAAGUGAAAAUAUAUUAGUUACGCCAAUAUGUAUCUCAGCGCUAACAAACAUGACCGGUGAGUAUAGACUGCAAACAUCUGUGUGGGGUUAAAGAGAAAAAACACAUCUGAACACUUGCUUGGAGAAAUUCUUUUCCUUAGGAGAGGUCUUUACCAGCGUUUGUUUCAGAAGGCUGCAAAAAGACUUGCGACUAUGGCUUAGCUGCCUGUUCAGGCUCUUCACUAGAGAACAUACUCAAAGCCUAAAAAAGAUUCUUAAACCUGAUAAAGACUGUUAAUUUUUUCAUUGCUUUUUUACUCUGUGAGCAUAUAAGCUUUCUUACAGUAACAUUAUGUGACUGAUUAGAAUAAAGAACAUAACUAAAAAACAAGCAAGCCUUCACCUAAUCCUUUAAAACAGGGCCGUAUGAACAGAGCCAGAGCCAGCCACUAGCAAGACCAAAGGCGGUUUUGUUUCAGUACGUGGGGACCGUGGCACGGCACCCACCUGCUGAAUCAUAAGCUUCUCAAACUCCUCCACAAUCUCUGUCAAACUGAGCCACUUGAAUCCAGGGAGAAGUCCAAUGAUGUGGCUACCAAGCUUCAUGAGAAACAGAUCCAUCUGGACUUGGUGGACCAGCCCAGGGUGCAGGACCUGCAUAAGAACCAACAGUGGCAAGAUCAACUCCCCAGACACUCCACAUCAAUAGACUCAAGCGAUACAUUCCAAAUACAUAGAACCCAGGCUGCUGGACUGGGGGCUAACGAAGCUUCCCCAGCUAAUCCUCAGAAGAAUUCAUAUUUUGCCAGGGAUUAAGUUGUAAAGAAACAUUUUAUAAUUGUCAAAUGGAAUAUAUCUCUGCUACAGUCUCAUCCUGUGCCAUUUUCCACUGCUUUCACACUCCCACUCGUUCCCUGCCAUGCAGUACUGACUAGUAUUUGGAGCAGCUCAAAUGUAAGAUUUCUUUAAAUAAACUUUGCUGGAAAGAA